AUGGGCCUGCCGGCUGGUAUUGAGCCGGCGGCCCAUCUUAUGAACAACAAGGUCAACGGCAAGGAUGAGGACGAUGACGAAAAGGACAGCCCCAGCGGUGGCGAUCAGGCGAGGGAGGAGGGGGCCGUCGAGGUCGUGAACCGCCGCCCCCGUGGCCGCCCGCCCGGUUCGAAGAACAAGCCCAAGCCCCCCAUAUUCGUCACCCGCGACAGCCCCAACGCCCUCCGCAGCCACGUCAUGGAGGUGGCCUCCGGCGCCGACGUUGCCGACGCCAUCGCCCGCUACGCCCGCCGCCGCCAGCGCGGCGUCUGCGUCCUCAGCGGCGGCGGAUCCGUCGCCAACGCCACCAUCCGCCAGCCGGCGGCUCCCGCCGCCGCCGUGGCCCUCCACGGCCGGUUCGAGAUCCUCUCGCUGACGGGUGCCUUCCUCCCCGGGCCGGCCCCGCCGGGGGCUACGGGCCUCACCGUGUACCUCUCCGGCGGGCAGGGGCAGGUGGUGGGUGGGAGCGUGGUGGGCCCGCUCGUGGCGUCCGGGCCCGUGAUGGUUGUGGCCGCCACUUUCGCCAACGCCACCUACGAGAGGCUGCCGAUCGAGGAGGAGGAAGAGAAAGAGGAGGAGGGCAGCGGAUCUGCCCCAGCCGCCGGCCAUGAGGUGGAGGGAGAUCCACCGUUGCAUCACAAUCCCUCAUCUUUGCCUAUUUACAAUUUGGCCCCCAAUCUGUUGGCCAAUGGAGCGCAGCAGUUGAAUCACGAUGCAUAUGGAUGGGCGCAUGCCGACCGCCAACCUUACUGA